AUGGAUGAGGCAAUACAGGCUGUUCUUAAGCAAAUGCAAAAACAGCAGAAGCUGCAGCAUGAUGACAUGCAAACACUGAUGGAAAAAUUACUCUCCAAAGAGCCUUCACAACUCGAAAGUAAUGCAUCCAGUUCAAGAAGAGGUCCGGCAAGCCCGGAAUUCAUCCUAGAAGCACUAGCGGUCAACAUAUCGGAAUUUUGCUUCGAUGCAGAAAACAACAUAACCUUCGACACGUGGUUCGCACGCUACGAAGAUCUAUUUGCAAUAGAUGCAGCAAAGCUAGACGAUGCCGCAAAAGUGAGACUACUGCUUCGAAAAUUGAAUACAGCCGCUCAUAGUAAAUAUAUUAAUUAUAUUCUUCCCAAUCAUCCACGUGAAUUUUCAUUUGACUGCACUGUGCAAAAGCUAACCCAACUUUUUGGUAGUCAAAAAUCAAUUUUCAAUGCACGGUUUAAUUGUUUGCAAGUUACAAAAGAUGCGAACAUGGACUUUCUCACAUACACAGGUAUGGUGAACAAACACUGCGAGAAAUUUAAGCUAAACGAGUUGACAGUGGAUCAAUUCAAAUGUCUAGUAUUCGUCAUAAGUCUUAAGUCGGAAACAGAUUUUGAAAUACGAACAAAACUUUUAAGCAAAAUCGAUAGUGAGGCCAGUACUAUCACUCUUGAAAUCAUAUCAAGAGAAUGCCAGCGCAUAAUUAAUCUUAAGUCCGAUACCGCUCUUGUUGAAAAACAAAAUUUUGAAGUUCAACAAGUAAAGGCAGCUAAGAACACACAAAAUAUGAGAAGAACGCCAAACUCGCCAUGUUGGUUCUGUGGUAGUAUGCACUAUGCUCGCAACUGUUCCUUCAAAAAUCACAAAUGCAAGAAAUGUAAUACAACCGGACACAAAGACGGAUAUUGUAAGGUGAAGAAGGUAAAACAGCACGAAAACAAGGGUGCAUAUACCAAGAAGAAAUCCAACACCGAUACUAUGUCAAAAACUAUCUUCGCAGUCAACAAUAUAAGCAGCAGAAAGUUCACAAAAGUCAACAUCAACGGUAUCGAAGUCCGCCUCCAACUCGAUACGGGGUCUGAUAUAACUAUCAUAUCCAAAGAGGUCUUGAAGAGGCUUCCAAUUUCGAAAAUGGAUGAAGUGACCAGACAAGCACGCAGCGCAACAGGCGAGCUGCCACUGAUAGCCCAAUUCGAGUGCGACAUCGAAUUUCAAAAUCGCAAGGCCAUUACCACAUGCUACGCAACGUCAGUAAAAAAACUUAAUGUGAUGGGUCUCGAUUGGAUAAGAGCUCUUCGAUUAGACGAUAUGCCGAUCAACGCCAUCUGUCAAGCGAUCGAAACAACAAAUUAUCCAAGACCCAGAAUUAACGAAAACAAAGUAAAAGAAGUUUUUCCAGAUCUUUUUGAGAACAAAAUGGGGCUAUAUAACAAAUCUACAGCCCACCUGUACAUUAAGAAAGAGUAG